ACCUCAAAAUCUCAAUCAUGGAGAGCUUCCAAAAUGAAAAACAGAUUAUGGUUGAUCCACAUUCAUUGAGAAAUUCACCUAGCAAAAAAGGGUAUAACCAAGAAACUAAAAAGUUGCCAACUAUAAUCACUACACCCCCUACUACCCUUUUGCACCCUCCAACACUACAACCUCCAAAGCUAAGAUUUUUAAGCCUAAGUCUCCCAAAUUCAGUAAACUCAUCACCACGGUUUGAUUCGGUCGAAAAACCGAAAUUCAGUAGUUCGGAACAACAAUGUCAAGAAUAUACUACUAAUGUGACCACUACACUUCAAGAGCUUCUUCAAGAAGCUCAUUUUGGGAAGAGCAAAUCAUGUGGUGAUGGAAGAGACAGUGCUUCUUUGGAGGAAUUUGAUUUUGAUCAAUGGUUGACUAAACUAAGUACAAAAGAGUUAGAAAAAUGGGAGUGGCAUUAUGGUACUUUCACAAAAACAGAACAAGAACAUGUUAUUAAGGAAAGUCAAAGUCCUAAGAAUGUUUUCAAACAAAUGAAAACAACAACUACAACACAUGAUGGAUUCAAAUGCAAUGCUCUUUGUCUUUUUCUUCCUAACUUAGUUGGUAAAAUAAAACCAAUUAAAACAAGAAAAGAAGUUACAGAAAAAGUAGCUGCAACAAUGUCUAGGAAUGUUUCAUUGGAGAAUUUUGAAUGUGGCUCUUGGGCUUCUGCAGCUAUGUCUCAUGAGAUUGAUGGAGAUUCUAAUAACUCUUACUUUGAUCUUCCAUUGGAAUUAAUGAAAUAUAAUGCUUCUAUUGAAGUAGAUUCACAUUCACCUGUUGAUUGUUCUGCUGCAUCUUUUUGUUAUGAAAAAGAAAUUAAAGGGGUUUUGAAAAAUGGUUCAGCUAGAGGGAGUGUUAGAAAAUCGGAUGCGUCACCACGACACGUGCGGUUUUCUUUAUCAUCUUCUUCUCCAUCAUACCCUGCAUCUCCAGCAUUUUGUAUUAGUCCUCGUUUGAAAAAAGCUAGAGAAGAUUUUAAUGCAUUCUUAGCAGCAGCACAAACUGCAUGAAAGUGUUGGAGAUUGACUUCAUGUUUUCAAUUUUAUGAUCAUUUUUGCAAGAGUUAGCUUAAAUGUUAAAAUCAUGAGUUUUUAAAGAAAUUAGGAAG